UUCAGUCUCGGAGGUCAGCAUCUCUCUGUUGUUUUUUAUGUGUUGAUGGUAGAAGGCUCAGAGUUUGUCAGCGGAUGUUCCUGUCGACCCUUGGCAUCAAGCAGUGGAGUGUUCUAAAAUGGGUUGGAAGAAGAGAUGAAAGUCCUGAGAAGACGGCAAGAGUGAGGGUGAGGACAGAGGAGCGGGACUUCCUAAAGUCCUUUCUUCUUGAACUGCCGAAAGUACCAUCGCACUACUGUAGGUCCUCCUCUUCCAAGAUGUACCUGGAGCCUUUAUUCAAGUCAAUCAAUCAUCUCCACUCACAAUAUAAGCAGACAUGUGCAGCCAACGGCAUCCAGGCUCUGUCAAGACAAGUGUUCAGUAACACCUUUAAAGAAUUAAAUCUGUCAUUGUUCCAUCCAAAAAAAGAUCAGUGUGACACUUGCUGUGCCUUCAAAGCCGGGAACAUCGAGGCUGCUGUGUGGGAGGAACACUGUGUUAAGAAGGACGAGGCACGAGCAGAAAAGGAUAGGGACAAGCAACUUGCAAAUAACACCACCUUGGUUGCAUGCAUGGAUCUGCAGGGCCUUCUCCUCUGCCCAAAGCUUCAAGCGUCUGCCCUCUACUUCAAAAUGAAGCUUGGUGUCCAUAAUUUUACCAUCUACAAUAUGGCAUCACAUGAAGCGACAAAUUACCUUUGGCAUGAGGGUGAGGGGGGGGUCUCUGCCAAUGAGUUUGCCUCCUGCAUUGUGGACUAUCUUGAAACACACCUCACUUACACUGAAUUCAUUCUUUGGAGUGAUGGGUGUGGUUAUCAAAACCGAAACCUGGUCCUGAGCAAUGCCCUCUUAAAGUUUGCCACUGAAAGAAAAAAGCAAGUGACGCAGAAGUACCUUCAAAGAGGCCACACACAGAUGGAAUGUGACUCUGUGCACAGUGUGAUCGAAAGAAAGUUAAGGAACCGAGAUGUACACGUUCCAGCUGAGUAUGCUGCAGUCAUUCGGGGAGCUCGUUCAAGUCCAAAACCAUACGAGCUGAAGUAUGUUGAUUACAGCUUUUUCCAAGACUUCAGCAAAGUGAAAAUCUGCAAGUCAAUUCGACCUGGUAGCAAAGCAGGCGAUCCUACGGUGCAUGACCUCCGAGCAGUCAGAUACAAUGUGGACGGCAGUAUGGAGUUCAAAUUACUCCACUCCGACAACUGGCAACCCUUCACAUCCCCAUCCCUGAGGAAGGCGUGUGUCAGCGUGGCCCCACUCUAUACAUCCCCCCAGAAAAUUAAAGCACUGAAGUUCAAGCACCUUCAAGAACUGAAACAUGUCUUACCGAAGGACUUUCAUCCAUUUUAUGAUGCACUUGACCAUGAGUGAUGGUCAGCUCAAAUAGCACAAACAAUGACAUACAC